AUGCGCUUCACUGAUAUCUCCCUCGUCCUCGCUCUCUCCACCGCGGCCAUUGCUGCUCCCCACCCUGAUGGCGAGAAGACUCUCUACAAGGUCGACCAGAGCCCCCGAUACAUUCUUGCCCGUGGCUCCGAUGAAAAGGUCCUUCACAAGGGCAGCGCCUCUCAACUAGUCGCCCGUCAAUCCUCCGGCAACACUGGCUCUGCCGGUAACUCAGACACCUGCUACGGUAAGGCAGUCACCUGCGCCAGCUGCUUCGGUUCCAACUGGACCGAGUGCCCUGAUGGCGUGACCUGCCACGAUAAGACCGACCCAACCAGCACUUGCUCAAGUGGCUCCGGCAGCGGCAGCAGCUCUGGAGGUAGCACUGGCGGCAGCACCGGUGGUAGCUCCGGCGGUUCUGCUGGAGGUUCCGACUACUGCUACGGCGCUAGCGCUACUUGCGUCAGCUGCUUCGGUGCUGGAUACCUCGAAUGUUCAGAUGGUCACACUUGCUACAGUCCUGCCGACCCAACCACCGGUUGCCCUGAUGGCACUGCUGGAGGCUCCGGCUCGGGUCAUGGCUCAGGCUCAGGCUCUGGCUCUGGUGCCGGUGCUGGAUCUGGCCUAAUCGGCACCAGCACUACCGCCACCGCAGCUGGAACCACAGCUACCGCUGGCGGUUCAGGAUCAAUUGGCACAAUUCCCAGUGCAGCCUCUUCUACCCACUCCACCACCUCCACCUCGACAUCUACAACCUCAACCUCAGCCCCUACAUCCGCUCCUUCCCCUAUCUCUGGCAACAAGCUUAGCGGUGCUUCUGGUAUCUCCCUUCCUAUCGGCUUUUCUGCUGGUGCCGGUGCUGCUGUCCUUAUUGCUGCUGUCUUGAUGUAA